AUGGCCUCCCUAAUCCCGAAAACUGCUUUUCGAGCAGCUUCCACCGCUGCAAAGUCCGCCAGGGACACCUCGUUUGUCAAGAAAGGAGCCCAAAGAGAUCCCGAGCUUUAUAUCUUGCUAGGUGUCAUGUCCGGUGCCUUCGGCCUCGCUGGCUUCUAUUUUGGACGCAAACCCACCUCAGCUUCCUCUGAGGCCGACGUCUCAGUCGCCAAUAGCUCAAUGCCCUGGGAAGUUGACCAUGAUGACCACGAGGACGAGUCCAAGCAUUUCAAAUAUCAAUACCACCCUAAGGGUGACCGAAGCGCAUCUCCCAAGAAUGCUCCCAGCGCAUUGAACACAGUUAUUAUCCCCAAUGUUACCCUCCCCAAGGAGCUCCAUGAUAAGUUCAACAAAUGGGGCAAGGAAGGAUAUUGA